GAUUCGGAUGUGUCACUUGGGUGCUCAUCGCCAAUUUGAUGCCAUGGGCAAAUCAACGGCCGGCUCAGCCAGAAGGCCGUCAAGAGUGGUGAGUGCGAAGGAUUUGGUGGAGCAGGCCAAAGUGGCCAAGGAUGCAGGCCAACACCAACUUGCCCUGGAGAAGCUGCAGCAAGCAGCAAAAAGGGGCCGAGCACAGUCAGAGGUCGCGAGGUACGAGCUUGCUUUGCUUCAUGCCCAGCUGGGCCAGCACGAGGAGUCCAAUCGCUGGCUGCAAGAGUUGGGCUUUGCCUGGAAGUUAAGCCCUGCGAUCUUGGACGGCACGUGCUUGUUGGGCAGCCACACACCAGGUGAAGAGAAUCUGGUGGUUGCUUUUGAUGAUGCUCUGCCGCUGGAGCUUCUAUCAUCCCUUCAGGACGCCUUCAAGCCAGAGGCAGCAUUUUGGAGCGAGCAUUGCUAUCCAACGCCCGGCUUCUUUUCCUACAAUCAGUCCUUGGAGGAGAGCAGCUUGACCACUUUGGCAGCACAAACUUUAGAGCGACUAGCUGCCAAGAGCUUCCCAGAGGUUUUGCAGAACCAACGGGUGACCUCGCUCGAAUGGUGGGCACAUUCACGUCCUGCUGGAAGUGGAAGUGGGCACCAGCUUCACUAUGAUUUGGAUGAAGUUGACUUAAGAGCGCUUGAGGAAGCAGCUACACCAAAACAUCCCCUGGUCUCGUGCGUGCUGUAUUUGAGUGGUAGCGCUUCAAGGUGCUCCGUUACCAUGGUCACCGACCAAGAUCUACAACCUGAAAGCCGAGCAAAGCGGGCCUGGCUUUGUGAGCCUAAGGUGAACAGAGCGCUAUUGUUCAAUGGGAAACUACUUCAUGGCGUCAUCCCAAGUUUGGCCUCUCCAGAUUCUCAGGGGCCUCGGAUCACUCUGAUGCUGGGCUUGUGGGGAACGCCUGGACCUUCUUGUUCUCCCGCGCCAGAAGGGCCUGGACGAGACCUAGGACCUAACAUGCAUCUCCCUGAGAAAGGCUUUGACUGGCCUGCGGCCUUGGAAGUGACAAGACUUUCCUCUUCCAAAAAGCCACGUUUGGAGGUCACAGAGGCAUCUCCAGCUCUCUUGGCACCGGUUAGCCCUGUGUGGUGCACCGUCGACACCGCGACGGGAUCGCCGAAACGAAGCUCGGUGGACUUCCUGGGCAAAUGGUUUUUGCAGGAGGCGCCCGAGCAGUUGCAGCGCUUUGCGCCACGCACUAUCGAAGUGGAGGAGGUCUCCAUGGAGGAGCUUGAACGACUCCGAGCAGCGUCGAAAAGAGCCGAUGCGCAGAUGCCGCCGGUGGACUUCAACACCUUGGCACCCACCAGCCUGCGAAGCUUCGUGGUGCAUGAGGAGCCGCGGAUGGUCGCGGUGCCACAGUUCCUGAGCAGUGAAGAGUUGGAGUCUCAGCGAAGCCCCCGAGGGACCGAGAAGCUGAGACGACGGGAUUUCUCGGUUCGAAACGAGUAG